CUUAGCUCAAUUACAAUCUGACCAGUUCUAUAUAGUAUGGUUUGAAAUUUAUGAUUUGACAUAUGCUUUGUUAGCUAUAAUUGGUGCAGUCAACCGCGAUGGGUCCAACUUCACGUGCGCGUCGUCUCUUCAGACUGCGCCUAUCGCAAUAAGUCAUCAACCUCCCAUCUUACUUCUCAUAAUGGACGACGAGGUCGACAACUUCUCUGUCAUAUCCAGGGAUUCGAUUUCUUCAAAACUAUCGACCUUCUGGUCAAAAGUCACUUUCUCUUCCCGGAAAAUAUCAUCAUCGCUCGCCGAUAUAUGUUCCUACAUUCAAUCUACUCCCGACGCCCAUCUAUCUCCAAUCAAAGAGCUGGUCAUUAGAAAAGAAAGGGAUGGAGUUCAGCACGAGUUCCUACUCUUAAGGGUAGCAAACCCUACUGGAGACGAAUUCUGGAUCCGUCUGGAGAGGAAAGGGCCGACGGGUACUCUCAGCAGACUAAUGUCCAGUGAAUGGGAAGCAAAUGACAUAGCCAUUCUCUCUGGGAAACGUGGCCCCCUAUUAGGCAGAGCGAAGAGUAUUGAGAAGACGAGGGUUGUUUUUCGGGUGCCACCUUCGCUAAAGGACCUGCUCCGUGUCCUCGAUGCCCUCGGGAAGGAAUCGAAGUCUUAUCAGUUGUGGCCGGUAUGGCGAUCAUGAUUGUCAUAUUUUCCUCCUGCUGCGACGCUCCUAAUCAACAGUACUGCUUGUGUUUCUUGAUUGUUAGCAAAACUGUUACUUUUUUGCAUCUGUAGUCGCCGAACAUCUUCAUAGUCUCGAUGGAAAUGCCGAACUCACUGGGACUUUAAGAUGGCUUGAUCUUGGAUCUGAAACCCGUCGAAAAAUUCAUCAACACAUCGCUUCAUAUGAGA